AGGAGUGAGGGGGAGGGCGAUCCGAGGACACGCCAGUAACGAUUAGAGGAGAUCAAAACAACUACCUGUGGAUGGAGUAGCUUCGGGAGGGGGCGGGGGGGGGGUUGUUCGAGUGAUGAGGUCGCUGUUGCAGCUGACAGUCGGUGCCUAGCCGGCGCGAGGGUGACCGUUAGGGGCUCGUGAGGCUGCGGUUACCUGGGCCGUUGUCACGUGAGGGGCGGGGCGGGGCUCGGCUCGGCUCUCAGCGCGAGCACAGGUGCAGAGCCAGCGAAGCAAGUUGAUGGCCACCGCCGUACCUGCAUGAUGUAGGACAAUUCUCGGCAACCGAGCCAAGCCUUGCAACAUAAUGCGAGAGGAGUUUAUCACAUGCGAGUCCCGGGUGAAUGUGGGGUUGGGCUUGGCAGCGGCCGCUGGCAUCGGACUUAUGUACCUGGCGUACAAGAAAGGGUGGGGGAAGAGGACCUCCAGCAAUAGACGUGUAUUUUCCUUGCAUGAUCUGGACCCAAAAUGCUCAAGACCACGAUGUAACGAAGUGAAGAAGGCAAAUCGAACAAAAGCAGCAGAUAAUAAUAGCAACUAUGAAACACUGAAAGCACAGCAACUUGAAAUAUGGGAGCAGUUAGAUGUUAUACUUCAAUGUGUGAAAGAACUAAAAGGAGAGAUGAUUGAACUUCGGGAAUGCCUGAAUGGGAUGUCAGAUCAGAUUGUUGAAGAUGUCAGGUCAAAUUUAGAGCGAAACCCUAAAUCAUGGAAGAAGAAAACAGGACCUCGGAAAGAAAGAAGUAAUUCAGUUGAAUCAAACUCCAUCUAUUUCACAGCCAGCACUGGUACUAAAAGCAAUGCUGAAACCGAGAGUGAAGGAGGGUAUACUACAGCUAGGGAUUCCGAUUAUGAUGAUGAAAGAAAAUCUCUAAUUAGUCCACAUGAUCAAAAAUCUUCUGAAAAACUGGACGAGUUCUCUCAACUUUUAAGUGCAUCCAGUGAUUUGCAUGAAGGCGCAAAUAAGGACAAAACUAAAGGAUUUAAGCUGCUAUUGAGUAAAAAAUCUGCUUACAGUUUGACGCCGGGUUACUGCUGGCGACUGGCUCGAGCAUAUUGUGACAUGGAGGAGUUAUCUAAAAUUGAAAGUGAGAAGACAUCCUAUUUAGAACAGGGAAAAGAAGUAGCGAAAGCAGGUCUUGAUCUAGAUGAUUCAUGUGGAGAGUGCCACAAGUGGUAUGCUGUUAUAUGUGGCCGACAGGCUAACCACGAAUCCAUCCAGAAUCGUAUUAAAUCCGGAUAUGCUUUCAAGGAACAUAUUGAGAAGGCCAUUGAACUGCAACCUGAUGAUCCCUCUUUAUACUACCUGUUGGGAAGAUGGUGCUAUGAGGUAUCACAAUUGAAUUGGAUCGAAAGGAGGGCAGCAGCCACUUUCUAUGGGACGCCUCCAACUGCCACCAUUGAUGAAGCUCUGAAAAACUUUUUAAAGGCUGAUGAAUUGAGUCCAGGAUAUUCCAAGUCCAACUCGUUCUACAUUGCGAAGUGCUACAAGGAUCUUGGCAAUAAUACAAUUGCCCUAAAUUGGCUGAACUUCGCAUCUGAAUUGUCUAUCAAAUCAAAAGACGACCUAGAAGCCCAGAACAGCCUGGAAGAAAUGCAGAAUGCCCUCGCCCAAAGCAGCUAAGUGCUAUCCUAAUAACCAGGAGGAGCUCAGAGAAUUUUUAUCUUGCUACAUACAGACUGCCCAUGUGUUGUGUUAUCACAUCUAACUUUGAAUACAACCUCUCUCAAUAUUGUGGUAUUUUGUUCUGUUGCUUCCUAACCACAAAAUAUCAUAAAUCAUGCAAGGCUGAUGAACAGAGAUUGAAAAUUUUCACCGUCACAAAGGGGCAACUCUUUACUCAAAUACAUUUAAAGAGCCAGACUUCAGAUGCUAAUGAAUUGAAAGUUUUAUGUGCAGUUAGAUUUCUUAUUCCAUGUGAAGAAAUUGACAUCAUUGACAUCCCUGAAAAAAAAACAACGUAAUUUUUGCAAGGCUCCGUACAUGUUUAGUUUUAGUUUAGAGAUACAGGAAACAGACACUUCGGCCCACCGGGUCCGCGCCGACCAGCGAUCCCCACACAUUAAUGUGAUCCUACACCCACUAGGGACAAUUUAUUUUUAUAUUCACCAAGCCAAUUAACCUACAAACCUGUACAUCUUUGGAGUGUGGGAGGAAACCGAAGAUCUCGGAGUAAACCCACACAGCUCACGGGGAGAACGUACAAACUCCGUGCAGACAGCACCCGUAGUUGGGAUCGAACCCGGUUCUCCAGUGCUGCAUUCGCUGUAAGGCAGCAACUCUACUGCUGUGCCACCGUGACCGCCCUUUUAACAAUAGCUUUGCAUGCUGAUUUUAAAGGUUUUGCUUGCUAUUUAUUUGGUCAAAUGUAUAUAGUCAGUAGAUAUAAUGAAUACAUUUUAUUUAAUUUUCAGGGUUGAUCACAUGCGAGUUUCAUAAAGUCAAAGUAUGGCUGUAUCAGAAGUGACUUAGAGUGUAUUAUUACAGCGUACAUGCCAGCAGUUGAAGUCCCUAUGUACCUUUAAUGUUAACACACUGAAUAUUAAGCAGAGUGAUGAUUAUCUAUGCAUUCCUUAAGUGAAUGUACAUAAUUGAUGGUAGAAAGGGAACCCAUCCAGUGGUUAUUUGGUGAGGGAAAGUGUAGCAAUCAUUAGGGCAGAAAUCCCAGGUAAGUUUCUCGUUCUUUGUUGCCUCAGCAUUCAAAUCAAAAGCAGUAAAAGCCCUGUCCCACUUACGAGACUUUUCAGCGAACUGUCUGCGACCUUCAAGCUCGGGGACACUUGACUGAAAAACCGCGAGCUGGAACGACCGUCAGCACGGACACACACACAAACACAUCACAAAGGCGGGGGCCAGGGAAAGCGAGGAAGCGCUGUCUGAAAUUCAAACGGUGCAAAGCCAAGGUGAUACCCACGAUGAACAGGAAAGUUAAAGACAGCUA